AUGAGGACGACGGCAUUUCAUUUCCUUGACAACCUUUUCCAAAGCGUGGCUUUUCGAAUUCAGCUUCCUGCUGCUGUCUAUUUUUCCUUUCUCUUCUUGAUCGAUCACACACCUCAUGGCAAGUAUACAAUUCAACUCGACGACCACCAUGCUGACUGGAUUGGUAUACAGCCAGGCAACAAAAAGCACACUUUGAAGAAUAUCAAGAAUCGCGAUGCAGUGCAUCCUUAUUCGCGAAAGGCACAGCAACUGCAACGAGUGAUCAUGAGGAAGAACAAGCUUACACAGAAAAAGGGCGAUCGCACAGCUACGAAUAGCCGAGUUGAAAGAUGGUUAUGGUUUCGAUAUGCACUUGACGAGUCGAUCCAGUGUGCCACCAAACAACAAAUCCAUGAUCUCAUUGAAAUGUAUAUCGAAAGAAACGAUGAGCAAUUGCAGGCAUUGGAAGCGGAACGACAAAAACUCAUGCACAAGAGAAAGGAUCCCAAAUACGAUUUACUGGUUGCCAACAAAGAAUUGGACGUGAAUGAAUACAAAUCUGGCAUAGAAUUACCUGAUCUCAACGAUGGCAAGAAUCUCAAGCGGUUACGGGAUUGGGAUGGUGAUGUCAAUUCGAUGCCCUUGAUCAAGACACGACUUUAUCGACAAUCCGACAAUCCAAAAUACAAGGAACCCAAAGAGAGCAAUGCAAUGGAUGUGGAGAGCAAGACCAACAAAGCUACUAGCAAUAAGAAGAGUCUGGAUAGUUCAAUGGACAUGGAUACCAAUUAA